GCCAUGCGGGCAGGCGGCAGCAGGGAGCUGGAGGCCAGGAAUUACUUGGAAAAACACCGGAUUAUGGAGUUGCUGAACUAUCUCACCAGCACCCUACUUUUCUUCCGGCCGGAAAAACCAAGGGAGUAUUUAAUAUCUAUAUUGGAACGACUGAGAAUUGCCAAAGUAACAGGCGUGGCUUUUCCUUUCUUUAUGGAUCACUCUAACAUCGUGUCUAUGUUUGAGAUGAUGGACACUUCACAUAAAGGCACCAUAUCAUUUGUGCAGUACCGAGAAGGCCUGAAAACCCUGGGUCUGUUGGAUGAAGAUGAAGUUUUACAAGAUGAUGGACAUGUGAUAACUUUGGAAAAAUUCAGAUCUGAAGUGAACAAGAGGACUGAGAAAAUAUGGUCAGCAUUUUAAUAACACCAUAAGUCCAAGAUAAUAAAUGAUUCUAUAAAGUU